AUGAAGUACUGGCAGCAAGUGAUUCUUUAUCUGUUGUACCAUCUACAUGGGAUCUAUUCUCAACCUCAACUCCCUGAAAAGGCCAUAAGGAAUUCUCCGAGUGGAUCAUAUGCACCUCAAAAAGUCAUCUGUCCAGAAGGCCUCCACGUUCGACAGGCUUCAAUCCAGGGACCAUUAGCUAGUCAAGAGCAAGAAUAUGUGACUAGUAGAGCUUCUAAAUCAAUUCCGAUUUGGAAAGAAUACCUUUCAAGAGUUCGACUUCAUGAUUUUUCUGUUGAAGAUUUUCUAGAGAAGGCAGAAGCUGAAGGUGGGAAAGCAGGUGAAACGCUUCCUAAUGUUGGUUUAGCUUUUAGUGGGGGUGGUGUGAGGGCUACUCUGGUUGGUGCAUCAGUGCUGAAUGCGCUUGACUCCAGGAAUGAGGAGGCCUCGAAUGCAAGAACAGGCGGCGUGCUUCAGCUGUCAAACUACGUUGCGGGUCUUUCAGGAGGCUCUUGGCUAGUAGGGUCUUGGGCUAUCUCGGAUUUUCCUACUUUGCCUGAACUCAACCGCACUGUAUGGCGUUUAACAAAUCACAAUCAACCUAUGGACUUAGCCACGAUUUUCCAGUAUCCUCAUUUCAUAAAGGUCGCGAAAGAAAAAAAGAAGGCAGGUUUCCUAGCUAGCUUAGUAGACGUUUGGAGUGCAAUGAUAUCUGCACAUUUCAUAAACGACGACGACGAGGGAAAUGAAGUUCUGUUUUCAUCAAUCAGAAAUGUUUCUCAUUACAAGGACCACACUGCACCAUUUCCCAUAGUGACUGCGACUUCUAGGUACAAAGGAACAGGAGAAAUUGUGAUUGGAAGCCCUACAUACGAAUUCACACCCGAAGAGUUUGGUCUAUGGCAUCCAUCUCUAAAUGCGUUUAUUCCAUUGGAUUAUCUGGGCACGAGUAUGCAAGGAGGUGUUCCUUCCCAUGAUGACUAUUGUGUCAAAGGAUAUGAUAAUGCUGGUUUCGUACUUGGAACCAGUAGUAAUAUCCUCAGUCAGUCAGCAAAUUCACAGCCUUCUGGUACAUUGUUCAGGCUGUUCUCAGGAUUAUGGAGAUUAUGUGUGUCAGGCAUAUAUGAUGAGGCACUGAUCCCAAAUCCAUUUGUCGGGCUGGGUGUGGGCUUUGGACCUGGAAGUGGCUAUCCAGGUAGGUGUUCCGGAGAUUUCGAUCUGAAAAAGUACAAUGUUCUUUGGGCUUAUCUUUCUUCUGAAGAUAGGGACUCGGACAAACUUUGCUUAGCAGACGGAAGUUUUGCUGGUGAAGACAUUCCAUUGUGGCCUCUGGUGAUACCUUCACGCAAAAUGGAUGUGGUCUUUGCUGUGGAUGCUCGCUCAGAUGGAAGACAAGCAGGGUCGCUGACCGGAACUGGAUAUUCGAAUGGGACAUCAAUAUACAAUGCAUAUCUCAAGAGUCAACUACCGGAGUAUUCAGCGUAUCCGUUCCCAAAGGUUCCAGAUCCUGCCUUAGAGUUCACUGAGAAAGGACUUCAUCAACGGCCGUCGUUCUUCGGGUGCAAUGAGACUAGUCCGUUGAUAAUAUACUUUCCAAAUUACUAUGCUGCAUCGCCAACCGAUGUCGCAACGGUCAAGGCGACUUAUACAUACAAGACAUAUCCCUCUUUGUCAAUUCAUAGAAAAGCAUUAAAUCAGUUGAUGUUUAAACUUUUCAAAAUAGCUAUCACAACUCAAGCAACAGGAGCUUCUUUUGAAGAUGGAUUUUCUCCUGGACCUGAAAUGCAAGGUGUUUUAGACAGAGUUGGACCGAUUGACAAAACAGAUUGGGCAGCUUGUUUAGCUUGUGCUUUGAUUGAUAGACAAAGAAUUAGGAAUGGACAACCUCGGACAGUACAAUGUGAAACUUGCUUUUGGCAAUUCUGUGCCUGA